AUGUUUCCUUCGGAGAAUGUUAUUUCCAAUGCUUUUCUCUCCCAGCACCCAUCGAACCGGGCUCCGCAGACUUCCGGUGCUACGGAGUGGAAACGAGAAGCAUUUCCCGCUUGGAGUGUUGUCGAGGAUACCAAAAAGAAGGCAGAUGCCUUUGGCAAAGAAGCUGCGCGCGAAUACAACAUCGUGAGCCAGAAGGCCCAAGCUAAGACCGGCAAGAUCGAGCCAUGGACGGCCAAAUAUUAUGCGUCUUGUACCAUCGGUGGGUUGAUGGCUUGCGGCUUUACUCACACCGCUGUUACUCCAUUGGAUCUCAUCAAAUGCCGGCGCCAGGUUGACUCAUCAAUGUACAAGAGCAAUAUGGAUGCAUUCCGUAAGAUCCGCGCCGCCGAAGGCCUUAGGGGUGUGUUUACCGGCUGGAGUCCCACGUUCUUUGGCUACAGCGCCCAAGGAGCCUUCAAAUAUGGAGGAUACGAAUACUUCAAAAAGUUCUACAGCGAUCUUGUUGGAACUGAAAAUGCGAACCAUUACAAGACAGCUUUGUACCUAACUGCCAGUGCUUCAGCUGAGUUGAUUGCCGACGUUGCGCUCUGCCCGUUCGAGGCUGUGAAAGUCAGGACGCAGACGUCUAUUCCACCCGAGUUCCGCUCUACUUUUGGCGGAAUAUCUGCUGUCAUUGCUAAGGAGGGAACAUCUGGAUUGUAUAAGGGCUUGUAUCCUCUCUGGGGCCGGCAGAUUCCUUACACCAUGAUGAAAUUUGCCUCUUUCGAGAACAUCGUCGCGGCCAUCUAUCACUACCUCCCAGGAAAGAAAUCCGACUAUAACAAGGGCGCGCAGACUGCUGUUGCAUUUUCCGGGGGCUAUCUCGCCGGUAUUCUGUGUGCCAUAGUUUCACACCCUGCGGACGUCCUCGUUUCCAAAUUGAACGCCAAUCGACUACCCGGCGAAGCAUUCGGUGCUGCCACUAGUCGAAUCUACAAAGAGAUCGGCUUUGCAGGUCUAUGGAACGGCCUUCCUGUCAGGAUUGUCAUGAUCGGAACCUUGACCGGUCUCCAAUGGAUGAUCUACGAUUCGUUCAAAAUCUUCAUGGGUCUUCCGACCACAGGAGGAGGCCCAGCGCAGAAGGAGCAACAGUAG